AUGUCUCAACAUCCAUCAUCAUCUGACUCCAAAUCCUCCCAACAUGCAAAGACUUCACCUAUGGAGUUUGUAGAUGAAGAUGUAAUGGGCGUCACUCCUCUGUGCAUGAUAUCGGGCGACACCACAGGUACCUCCUCCAAUGCUGGAGAUAAGCCAGGUAAUACCUCUGGUAACUCCUCUCUUCCUAAAGACAUGUAUUACACUGAUCGCGCUAUAAGGAGACUGGUUACUAGAAUUCUGAGUGAAGGACAUAAAGUUGAAGGGGUCUCUACCCCUUUGUCCAGAAGGGAACCCUCUCCUGAGGGAGAACCCCAUGCUGAUAAAGAUGAUGAUUCAUAUAGAUCAGAAAAAGAGGUGGCUGCUGAAGGGCUUUGCUCUCUAGGUAAAACCCUACCUAGCAAGAAACAAAAUGUGCCUCAAGAAAAUAUUAUUGAUCUAGAGGAAGAAAGCACUAAAGGAGAGGAUGAUUCUUUGGUUCAUCUGGUUAAACCUAACAUAGCUGAGAAACUGAGAACUAAGAAAGGAAAAAGUAUGGCUAAAAUGAGAGCUGCUAGAGUGAAAAAGACUGCAGGAAUAGGACCCUCAAAACCCUGGAGCAAGGUUGAGAAAUCUCCUAGCAAGGCUGCUACUGUUCAUCUAGACAAUAUCUCCUUUCAUUUGGAAUAUGGAGCAGCAAAGUGGAAAUAUAUCAUUCAGAGAAGAGUAGUCAUUGAAAGAGAACUUGGACAAGAAGCUGUAGAGGUAAAGGAGGUUAUUGAGCUGAUAAAAAAUGUUGGACUCAUGAAGACUGUGGUAACUUUACCCCAAUGCUAUGAGGGGUUGGUUAAGGAGUUUAUUGUUAAUAUCCCUGAGGAUAUUCAUGAUAAGAACAAUAGGGAGUUUUGCAAGAUUUCAGCAAGAUCAUCAGAGAGUAAGGAUAAAGCGAUUACCGAAACAUGUGAUCGAGAUGGUGCAUUCCCGGUGUGA